UUGUCCCUCCCUGCGUAAAAGGAGCGUGAAUCAUUGCGCAGAAUCUCUGCUCCUCUAAUCUCCGGGARAGGGGCACAGUGCAUCUCCCCAUCUCUCAGGAUGCGACUGGCGCGCACAGCCUGGUCAUGGACGAGCUAAAAGUUGCGCAAAGAGCCUGAUCCCCGCCCCCCCAUUGCGCACAACAAGCCCCCCCGACCUUUCGUCUCCGAGCAGCCUCCCUGGCACCAUGUCGGCCGUCCGGAGGAAAUUCGGCGAGGACUGCCAAGUGGUGGACACCAGCCGGACCAUGACCUUCUCCGCGCCGGUGAAGAGGAAGCGGCAGCGCUUCGUGGAGAAGAACGGCCGCUGCAACGUGCAGCACGGCAACCUGGGCGGGGAGACCAGCAGGUACCUGUCGGACCUCUUCACCACGCUGGUGGACCUGAAGUGGCGCUGGAACCUGCUCAUCUUCAUCCUCACCUACACGGUGGCGUGGCUCGUCAUGGCUUCCAUGUGGUGGGUGAUCGCGUACAUCCGCGGAGACCUGAGCCACGGCGGCCACGAGCGCUCCUCCACGCCGUGCGUGGCCAACGUGUACAACUUCCCCUCCGCCUUCCUCUUCUUCAUCGAAACCGAGGCGACCAUCGGCUACGGCCACCGCUACAUCACGGAGAAGUGUCCCGAGGGCAUCAUCCUCUUCCUCUUCCAGUCGCUGCUGGGCUCCAUCGUGGACGCCUUCCUCAUCGGCUGCAUGUUCAUCAAGAUGUCGCAGCCCAAGAAGCGCGCCGAGACGCUCAUGUUCAGCCAGGACGCGGUGGUCUCGCAGCGGGAUGGAAAGUUGUGCCUCAUGUUCCGAGUGGGGAACCUGCGGAACAGCCACAUGGUGUCCGCGCAGAUCAGGUGCAAACUCAUCAAGUCCCGGCAGACCCCAGAAGGAGAGUUCCUGCCCCUGGACCAGUGUGAGCUGGACGUAGGUUUUGGCACGGGGGCGGACCAGCUUUUCCUGGUGUCGCCUCUCACCAUCUGCCACGAGAUCAACACAGACAGUCCCUUCUUUGAUCUGUCCCAGCGCUCACUGAUGAACGAGCAGUUUGAGAUCGUCGUCAUCCUCGAAGGCAUCGUGGAAACCACAGGUAUGACGUGCCAGGCGAGGACCUCUUACACCGAGGAUGAAGUGCUGUGGGGCCAUCGCUUCCUCCCUGUCAUGUCACUAGAAGAGGGCUUCUUCAGAGUCGAUUACUCCCAAUUCCACAACACUUUCGAGGUCCCCACGCCUCCGUACAGCGUCAAGGAGCAGGAGGAAAAGAACUCACUGACGUCACCGAACCCUCUGCCGAUCGCCCCGACCCUCCCCUCCCCUCUGCUGGGUAACAGUGGCCGCGGGGGCCGCAGGGAACGGCUCCUGUCAGCUGACAACGCGGACCACGCGCACGCGGAGGAACAAGCCUUCAGGCUGCCUAAUAAACUACAACGGAUGAGCUCCACUAAGGAGGAGCACCUGUGGAGAGCGCUGAAGACUGGGUCAGCCUUGCCGGGGGGUAAAGCCUCCAGCACAGGAGACCUGUCUCUCAGUAUUCAGAGGUUUAGGUCCAGCUCCAUCCCAGCCGUCAGGCAAGGACACCUGGAGGAGCAGGUCCAACUGCUGCCCCUGGAUGGAGAUGCUGAGGAAGCUGAUGUGGAGAAACACAGACUGCCCACAGUCUUUAGCACCAUCUCGGCACCACCUCCAGCACCGGUCCAAGUGGUAGGGACUCGACCGGAGGACAACCUGCCCCCCAAACUGCGUAAAAUGAAUGCUGACCGCUGACCUCUGUAGGAUUAAAAAGCUCAAACAGGCUUGACGGGCAUUGAACACAAGACUACUGUGAUAUACGUUUUCUAUAUAUAAAAAUAUUUUCAGCUAUUUUUUUUGUUUAAUAUGCUACAUUUAAAUAAAACUGAUCUACUUAAUCGUGGAUUGCCGCAAAUAAGGCGAGACAAAUAAGCCAUCCAUCCGCUCGUACUGUGAGUCAGUUUCGAUAGAUCACCAUCUGUGCCCCCCCCCCCCCCACACACACACUGACUUCUUAACACUUUCCUCUUUGUGCUUGUUUUUUUUAACACGUCAAUCUUAUCUUCACAGACUAAUUUUUCCAGUUAAAAAAAGCACUUAACAAGCCAGCAAAUGAGCUGCAUUUGACCAUUUGCUAAAUCUUCCUCCUUUCAAAACACUUAUUAGAGACGGCCUUUGGCUUUGCAUGCUAUAGAGCUAGCUUUAUAUUUGUUCUUAUGCUGAAAUGGAGUAAAUUAUAUUGUUUUUCUAGAGGGAGAGAGAGGGAACAAAACAGAUGGGAAUUUUGUUUUCCUAAAAUUCAAGUAAUUUCAUUCAAUUUAGUAGGAUGUUCAGAUAAAAAGCUACUAACUGGGAGUUAACUUUAUGAUGAAUAUGACAUUUUUGAGUAGGUGGCUUUUUUGUUAUUUUUUUAAGGGAUCCCUAACUGGUAGGAACAAAAUACCUGAUUUUUCUCAGCUUUAAAAGCGAGAUUUUAUAAAUGCUGUAGGCUGUUUAGUCCAUAUUAAAAAAAUAMAAAUAUCAAACGAAUGUUCCCAUGUUGUUUACGCUGCAAUGCAUUCUGGGUAGAUGACAUAGGCAGGUUGCUCCGGUGUGAGCCUCACCCAACCAGAACAUUCAAUUUGCAAAACGUCCAUCCCUUUCAAUCAGAACCAGAGCACGUCGACAGAGAGGAGAGCACAGAAAUUACUCAGAAUGCAACUGGAAGUGAGGAAGACGAUGAAGAGGAGGAAGAGGAGGGAGCUGGUGUUUGUGCAGCCGCUKCUUGCAGAUGUCAACCCUAAAGAGAGAGAGCGCUUUAAACCGCACACUGUUCAUGAUAAGCAUCAAAAUAUAUUCUCUUGCUCAUUGAAACUGUGUUACACGUUAUUUAAUAAUAAAGAUUUGUUUAUUCA